AUGGCUCUUGCCCGCCCGCUGCCGCCGCUGUGGCAGACGCUGCUGCCCGCACUCAAUGGCCCCGCGCGCCCCGUCCUGAACUUGCCGCUGUUGCAGCGCCUAGCACAGCCAUUCCGCACGUUACCCACACCUUUCGCUACACUCGCCAUACCCCUCUCGCUGCCAUCGAUACCGUCGUUAUCAGAUAUCUGGGAGGGAGUUUUGAAGGCGGUGCCGAAGAAGAAGACAUCGUACAUGAAGAAGCGAACGCGGUUCAUGGCCGGCAAGGGCCUGAAAGACCUCACGAAUCUUAAUAAGUGUUCUGCGUGCGGGAGAGUAAAACGGGCACAUUUUCUGUGUCCCUACUGUGUGGAUGCGAUCAAAUCCAACAUUUUCGGCCAGAAUUGGUGGUCCGUACGGAUGCCGACAAGGAAGCAAGAGAAGCAGUUGAAGCGCGAGAAACGUGAGGAGCUGAAGAGGGCACGCAUGGUCCAGCCCGAUCCAAGGGACGAUAAGCCCAUUGUGCAGCACACGAACUGGAUUAAGAGAUGA